GGAUGGCUCCCUCCCAUAGUCCAACCCCCGCCCUCCCUGCUGCAGCCUCAACCCACACUCAGGAAUGAAGCGGCCGCUGAGCCCAUCUCCCCCUGCUGAGAAGGAGCUCCCCAUAUCUGGAGCUGCUGAGGGCCCCCCUCAGCCCCCAGAGCCGCCCAAGCCCAAGCGCGAGAGGAAACGGCCCUCCUACACGCUCUGCGACGUCUGCAACGUGCAGCUGAACUCGGCGGCCCAGGCCCAGGUGCACUGCGAGGGGCGGGCCCACCAGAGGCGGCUGCGGCAGCUCAGCCUGGGAAAGGCCCCUGCAGGGCCAGCAGGCACGGCAUCCAGUGCCCCCAGCCCCCUGCUGGCCUCCCUGCCCCUGCCCGCCAGGCCUCUGCAGCCCCCGCUGGACUUCAAGCACUUGCUCACCUUCCACUUCAAUGGCGCUGCCCCGCUCAGUCUCUUCCCCAACUUCAGCACGAUGGACCCGGUCCAGAAAGCUGUCAUCAGCCACACCUUUGGGGUCCCCUCCCCUCUGAAGAAGAAGCUCUUCAUUUCCUGUAACAUCUGUCACCUGAGGUUCAACUCAGCGAACCAGGCCGAAGCACAUUAUAAAGGCCACAAACAUGCCCGAAAACUCAAGGCUAUCGAAGCCGCCAAGAGCAAGCAGAGGCCCCAAAGCCUGGCCCCGGACAGGACACUGGUGUCCCUGACUCCGACUGUGGCCAGUGGAGCCCCGGAAGAGCCUCAGAGCAAAGCAGUUCCUGCAGACCCUCCUCCUGGCUCCCCACUCCAGCCACCACUGACUCCAGACUCGACGCCCAGGGAGCCAGCCCACUCAGACCUCUUGGAUGCUGCCUCCUCCUCCUCCUCUUCUUCUUCUUCCUGCCCACCCUGCUCCCCAGAGCCUGAGACAGAGGCGCCAGGGCCUGAGCCAGUGGCUGCUGCUGUGGGAAGCGGUACGAGUGGGGAAGGCAGGAGUGAGAAGGGGCGCCUCUACUGCCCCACGUGUAAGGUGACAGUGAACUCCGCCUCCCAGCUUCAGGCUCACAACACAGGAGCCAAGCACCGGUGGAUGGUGGAAGGUCAGCGAGGGGCUCCCCGAAAGGGCCGGGGCCGCCCAGUGCCCCGGGGAGGAGCUGGACACAAGGCCAAGAGAGCGACUGGAAGCCGGGGGGGCCAGCAGGGGCCUAGCCCCCCUUUUCACUGUGCUGUCUGUCAGCUCCAGGUCAAUUCAGAGACCCAACUCAAGCAGCACCUGAGCAGCAGGAGGCACAAAGACCGCCUGGCCGGGAAGCCCCCCAAGCCCUCCAGCCAGCACAGCAAGCUGCAGAAGCAUGCAGCGCUGGCUGUGAGUAUCCUCAAGUCUAAACUGGCCUUGCAGAAGCAACUCACCAAGACGCUGGCAGCCCGCUUCCUGCCCAGCCCGAUCCCCACUGCAGCCACGGCCAUCUGUGCCCUGCCAGGGCCCCUGGCCCUCCGGCCUGCCCCAACCACAACCACCACCCUCUUCCCAGCUCCGAUCCUGGGCCCAGCUCUGUUCCGCACCCCAGCAGGAGCUGUCCGCCCUGCCACAGGACCUAUCCUCUUUGCCCCUUAUUAGCCCUCCUAGGGAGGCCGGGAUUGACUUCUCAGCAGUCCCUCUCCCCACCCUCUUCUCCCCAAGAUGCCUCAGUUCCUACAGCCCACAGGUGAUGUUCUUGAAGCCUAGGGGCUCCUGACCAAUCCAGGAAGAGCUGGGCUA